AUGAAAAACGCUUCGAAAAAUUUGACGAGUGCUCCUGCUGCUGCGAAUACGACUGGUACUACGGGAGUUCCGACUGAAACUCCUCCUGCUCCGACUUCCACUGGUACUCCUGCUGCUGCGACUCCGACUGGUACUUCAGGAGUUCCGACUGCUCCUCCUCCUACUCUAACUUCCUCUGGUACUCCUCCUGCUGCAACUCCGACUGGUACUUCGGGAGUUCCGACUGCUCCUCCUCCUGCUCCGACUCCGACUGGUACUCCAGAAGUUCCGACUGGUCCUGCGACUCAAUCUACUACAUGA